CCGCCAUGUUUAAAUUGUUAUUUUUAUAAGUUGUUUAAAAUACUCGUCAUGAUUAACUGCAAAAAAAGUGAAUGUUACAGUCGAUGAAUGUGAUUUUGUGUGCAGUGAUAGCCUGUUCCGAUGGUAGUCUUCUGGUUUGGGAUUUAAUCUGUGCAUUCUCUUAAUAUGGAUAGUCUUUCUGAUGUCUGUAGUUCCUGCCGUGGUCUUGACACUGAUAAGGUUUCAGACAGAAAGAAAAGUGUGGAGAAACUGAGGUUGUUGUUGGGCAAGAGUUCGGUUGUUAAAGCUCUUGACAGGAACACUGAAGACAAGCAUGCUGGCCCAAGUGGGAGCCGACUCAUCACGUGGAAUGACAUCUUUAAGGCUGUGGUCGUAUACAUAAAGCUGGAGACUGCAGCCCUUAAGAAGGCAAAGGAACCUCAGUCUCGCACAGCUUCACUGAACAAAGACAAGAAAAAGCAGGAAAUCAGUGGAUUCUUCAAGUUUUUUAUCCGAGUUGCUGAUAAACGUGGUCCCAGAUUAAAAUGUAUUCCAGUCAUCUCGCACAUUCUGGAAACCCUAAGGGAUGACUUCACCUGUUCUGCAUUUGGCCAGGAUUACAACACCAUCCUGCUGAAGAAUAUUCUGCCUGUUAGAAAAUACUGGGUGGAGUUGAAGCCUGAAACGUGGCAUGAACUGUUGAUUCAGUACUGUCGACUGUACCUGGAUUCGGAAUGUGGUCUGGACCAUGUGAUUCUGUCAAGACUUAUCAACAUCAUUGUGCAUGGUUCUUCUAGACAAUGUGACCUCCCGUCCAAGAAAGUCGUCAUAUUCUUCACUGAAGCAUUUAAAAAUAUCAGGCAGGAAAAAGUUAGUCAAGUCAGUGAACACCUGCUGUCAGCAUUAAACGUUUUUUCCAAGAAGAUAGCCCCCAGCAGCAGGAUUCAGUUGCUCAAACUAGGGGAGACAAUCUUUGUCAGCCUGCUUUAUCUUUGGAGUAAUAGGCCCACUGAUUCGAUGAAGGAUGAGAUUGUUGAGUUUAUGAGGUUACAGUUACACCUGCAUCAUCCAUGUGGAGCGAAAUCGGUGCAAAGUGGGGCUGCUGCAGUAGACUGGGACUCGUGGAAGAGUUCGUUGAGAAAGCUGUAUGAAGUUAUACAUUGUGAUCUACAGCAGAUGGGUGGAAGAACUAGAUUUAUGUCAAGUGCCAAGGAUUGUGCCUUAAGUUUUCCUUAUGUUGACUUGGGCGCAGAUGUGUGUAAUCAGCUAUUUUCUGACUCCACUUACGUGAUUGAGGUAACCCAGUUAACAAUGCUUGGUGAUGGUGAUGCCAGUACCCCAAACAAGAAGAGGAGAUUGGAAUCUGGCUGGUCCUCCAUUAUCGAUAUCCUGGCCGGUAGAAACAACAAUCUGCAGAUCAUUCCCUGGCUGCAGCUAGUGAGUCGUCUGGUAGAAAAAUACCCGGCAAGUAUUCCUGGAGACCAGUUGCUUCCUCUGCUGCAGUGUCUGUCACAACUUCUCACAGACUGUAAAAGAAGUGAUAUAUUGCGUCAUUUAUUUGGAUGUUUGGAGAAGAUAGUGCAUGGUUACCAGUGUUUCGGUUACAUUCCUGUGUGCACUCUAACCUCUAGCAGGGCUUUAUGGCUGAAUAUCUGGUCUGCAAGUCUUCGAACAAUGAGUUCACACUAUGCGGAGGUGGAAGGAUUUCAAGAGCCUGGCUUCAAUCUGCUGACUUCUAUAAUGGAACAGAGACUUGUUGUCCCAGAGCGAGUAGUGUGGAAUCUUUUCCUACCCAGUGUCUCAUUUCCAACAGAAGCUUCUGUCCGAUUCUUGGCUACCUUUCUAAGAUUGCAUGAUCUGCCAGAAAACUACAAACCCAACAUUUUAGGCUCCAUUCUAGCAAAUGAGCAUGGCACAUAUCCUCUGAGAAAACAUCUUUUUGAUUGGUUCAUUCCAAAAAGAGAGGUCUCUGAAGUUGGAUCAAGAAGUAAGAAUAUGGCUAAAAUUGACCCGGAGCUAGUUGGUUGCGUGUUAACCUCUCUGACAGUGAGAAGUACAAGUUCGGUGUUGGAAAGUUGUCAGUGUGUUUCAGAAGAGAACUUUUCUCAAAUAGAAAACUUGUAUCUGCAAACCUCGUUUGACGAGCAGGUGAACUUUGAAAAAACUGUUUCUUCAUCAGAUGAUACAGAAUGUGCAGAUGUUUCACAUAUUCCAGUAUUGCUCAAACAUCUUACUGAUGUGUUUGAUAGAGAAAAGAUGUAUUUUGAAGAGCUUGUAGAGCUGCAGCUCCAGAAUCUUGAAGAUCUAGUAUAUCAGAUUUGUCUUGUGAGUAAAUGUCUUGAGAACAUCCUGCAUUACCAGCUCAUUUCUGUUGACAUGAUUCCGGUGCUGGGACUUGACGUCUGUUUGCAAGGUCUCCUCAAGAAGCUGACAUCUGGACUGGCAGAUUUUAUUAAGAAGGACGGUCCUAACCAGCUACUCUCCUUCAUUGUGCUUCUCGACAAGCUAUUCGUGUGGACGCUUUCAAAAGGACACAGUACAUUUGUUGUUUCUGAACUGAUAAGAACAUUGAUGCCAUCCAAACUGAUCAACCAGUUGUUUGAUGUGGCAUUUGAUAAGUUUUCAAAAACAUCAAGUUCUGCUCAUAAGUCUGACAUGGACUUGCCUCGAAUCACCAACAAAUCAAGCUUUGACAGAAAAUCUACACCAGCUGUGACAAACAGAUCUCAUAUACUGGAUGACAUUGAUGAUAUGGACAUUGAGUUUGAUGACACUUCGACAAUCAGGAAAGAUGAUAACUUGAAUAUCAGUUUUGAUGAUGACGAGUUAGGUCAGAGCCAGGAUUCGGAGGAGAUGACAUCUCAACCAGAUGUGUGUGUCAGCCUGCUUUCAAGAAAGAUAUUAUCUGAUUCACAAAGACUGCGUCUGGAAUUUAUCCGAGUUUUGUGCCACAGUUCUGGGUUUGAAAGAUCUAAAUGCUCGUCCGAGAUUCCAUACAAAGCUGAGCUAGACAGUACCUUAAUCAAGUGCAGACUCCUGCAGCUCCUUGAUGACAAACUUUUUGAUGCCAGUCGUCCACUUGAGCUGCAGAUAUUGGAAAUAAUUGUGAAUGAACUUACAACAACAGACCAUAAUGUUAGUGAAACAGACUUGGAAAGCAUGAUUUGUGUUUUGCGCCUUGUGGCCAAGUCUCAGUGGCAUGACCAGGAGGUGUCCAGCCUGUGCUUGGACCUGCUUUCACGACUCGUACCACAGCUUACGGAUUCACACAACAUGCCGCUACCAAUGGCAAAGACAGCACUGCUGCUUGUGUCAGCCUUCAGAAAGUUACAAGAUGAUGGUACCUGUUCUUCAUUAGCCAUGACGAAAUGUCUGCAGGCAUUUGUGGAGUGUGAUCCCACUGCUGCAUGGAGCAAUCUAAAAAGCUCGAAUGAUUCUGAUAAUACCAACACCAUUCUUUCUGAAUUUCCCAACUGCCUACUUGAUAGCUGUCAAACAGUCAGGAUGUAUGCAGCACAAGCUUUUCAAAGCUUGUUUGUAAUGAAUAAUAAUGGACUGUGUACACCUAAAGAAAAGCAACUUCAGCUCUCUGCUUUUGACAGAAUUUAUGAAGUUUGCAAUGUGUUGUUGGAUAUCAAGGGUAAACUGUCCAGUGAGAGGAUGCAGGAUGAGAGAAAUAACAGAACGACAAGUUCUCUGUUGGCCCUGGCCACAGUAGCCUGUACAAGUCCUGUGUGUGAAAAGAAUUGUCUGUUUGCAUUCUGUCAGCUUAUCAAGGAAAAGAAUCUAGAAAUAACCCCUAUUCAAAAGGUUCUUCAUAAGAUAGCCAACACUCUUGGCUACAGAGAUGUCAAGAGCUACAUUGGUAGUCAUUUGCCAUUUCUUGUUCACCAGUGGCUUGACCUUGAAUAUCCAAUUGUAGAAUUUCCAUUUGAACUCAUGUCCAUGACAAGUAAAACUAUGUUUUACAGAGAGUACACAAGCAUUCUGGUACCAGAGUUGCUAAUUCAUCAGGAGCUAAACAGUAUACGAGAGGUUGCAGUGAGUCUUGAUGUUGACUAUGAAUCACUGCUGCGAGACUGUGUGCCUGUGAUAGUGGUUCACAUUCUGCCGCUGUUUGCUGCCUCCAAGACCCAGGAAGCUGCCACUGAUGCAGCUGUCAGGAAGAGAACCAGUCUGGCUUCCAAAUGUUAUGAACUGUUGGAGCAGCAAAUUUCUAAAGAGGAAAUUGAUUCCAGCAUUCUACAUCACAUUGACAAAAUAAUUGUCAACAUUUUGAUGUGUUUGUAUGAUGAAAGAGAAAUGGAAGGCGGUGAUGGAGGGUAUGGGUGUGAUCCUGACCCUAAUCCUCCUUGUUACAACAGCUACAUCAUCAAGUCAACCUUGGAUUAUUUAACUCAGAGUUUUUCAGGAAACUCCAAGUCUCUGGUGUCCGUCUUGGCUAAAACUCAGGAUUCCAUUCAGAAAGUACUGCUUGAGCUCUCUAUCCACCUGUCUCACGAACAUCGCAUGCAUGAGAAACGUCGCAUUCUGCACAUGUAUCAUCUGUUUGUGGGAAUGCUGCUCCAUGAGUUUGACAGUCAGCUUGGAGGAAGCUGGGCCUUCGUCUUCCGCGAUAUUGUGUUCCGGCUGGUUCACAUACUGAGAGAUGUCAACAAAUCUCCAAGAAACUCUAUCCAAACUGAACAGAGAUACAUUGUAGAGAUCAUUGACAUGUGCCUGGACCUACUGUAUAAUAUUUGUCACGUUGGAGUUGAAAUAUGUCCACAGGAACUUGUGAAAUACGUACCAAGGAUCAUAAGCAACACAUUGGUUUGUGUGGCGGAGGACGGACAGGGUGACAAGGCACACAGAUUACUGCACUAUUUGAUGGUAGAAAAUGGCCAGCUUCUUAAAGAUGGAAUGAUUAACCUUGACCCAUUUCCAGAUAAACCUUGCUUCCACAAGUAUACAAAGAUCCAUAACAAUGCAAAGAGAGCACAUCACUCUUCAUUGGGAAGGGAAAUUAAGCACUUCGUGGAUGUAUAUGGCGACCACCAGACACUGACAGAGAGAAGUGUUGAAGGCAUCAGAUAUCUGCAAACUUUGCUUGCUUCAGAGUCUACAGAUUUGUCCAGCCUUGUCCAGCAGUGCCAUGAAAAUGAAGACGGCUCUUUAUUGUGCCAGCUGGUUUGCAAGUUGCUACAUCUUGCUCAGUGUCCGGUACAACCAGUCUCACAGGAAGCCACCUGCUGCCUCGGAAUUAUUGGACCUGUUGACCUUUGUGCAAUAUCAUUGCCAAAACCAGCUUUAAAAACAGAAUUGCGAGCAGCACUGGCAGCUUUUUGUGGUGAUAUCAACAAAGAGAAAUACUGCACAAUCUUUCACCAGCUUAAUGAUUAUUUAGUAGAUCCAUGUAUUGAUGUAGUGAAGUCAGCAGGGGAGGUGCUGAAGACGAUGUUUGCUACAAAGGAAGGAGCCGAAUUCUAUGCUAUGUACAAAAUGAAGCUACCUGAUGGACAUCUUUUAUCCUAUCUUCAUCCCUUUAGGCCUGCGAAAAAGAAGAUGCAACUUCCAGCAAAUGUAGAAGACUUUGACCGUGAUGUGGACUGUGACAUGUGGAUUGUUCAUCACGCAGACUAUGAUAUCUGGUUGACAGACAUCACAUGUGCUUUACUGCAAAGUGGGGCAGUUUCUAAUGAAAUGCUCAGACUUCUAAAACCAAUAUGUACAAUUAAGUCCAAGUUUUGUGAAGCCAUUUUGCCAUUCCUGAUUCAUGACAUCUUGUUGACUGGGAGCCGGGUUUAUCAUGCCAUCCUGUCCAACAGAAUAUCCAGUUUCUUCCAUGAACACUGUCAGCUCGUGCUUCACAUGGAAGGCAGAUCCAGUACCACACAGCUUUUGUCAGGUGAAACAUCCAUAUGCCUAAAUAAGGAUGCAGUUCAAACUAUGCUAAAUAUUGUACAAUACUUGAGGCAGCAAGAUCGACCUAAACAAAACCAAGUGUUGACACAAUGGGACAAUAACUUCUGGCUGGAUAUAGACUAUUUGGAAGUGGCCAAGGCAGCCCAAUUUUGUAGUGCUUACUUUUCUACAAUAUUGUAUUCAGAGAUCUGGUCAGAUACAAAAAGAGGUGAUGAUCGGACGAGCUCGCAGUCUCAGUCGGAGCGGGUAUCCCAGGAGUUCAGUCAAAACACUCGCAUGGAUGCGCUGAGCUCGCCCACCUCCAGCCAGACGUGUGUUGGUAUUCAGGACCUGAUGCUGGAAGCGUACCGCUGUAUUGGGGACCCAGAUGGAAUCUAUGGCUGUGGCGCUGGGAGACUGGCUGAUUCAUCUUCCAGAGUGAAAACCUAUCUGCAUGAAAACAAAUGGGAAAAAGCUGUGAUCACUUACGACAUUGAGAUGAAAAAUGCUGCACUUUCCCAUCAGCUUGGACUUUUACAGACAAUACAGAACUUUGGGGCCGAGAGCAUGCUUGAGUUGUGUCUACAAGGUAUAUCUACUGCAAGCCAACAAAACAUGUCUCCUGAGGUUCAGGAACUGCAGUACGAGGCUGCCUGGAGAGCAGGACAGUGGAAUCUGAAUAUUCCUUCUAGACUGGAUUCUGGAAUGGGUUUUCACCAAGCCUUGUACUGUGCAUUGGAUGCAUUGAAAGAUGGACAGAUGUCUCUUUCUAAGAUAGCAGUAAAUACGGCUCGAUUAAGUGUUUUGAAAAGUGGUGACGUCAAUUUGGAGAGUUGUCGCAGCAUAUAUCCUGUACUGUGUAAACUGCACUGCCUGGCGCAGGUUGAUGACGUGUUGGCAGUCACUCGGAGAAAAGAUGGCCACUUGUUGGAUAUAGUGGAGAAAUGGAACAGUGAGAAGCUGGUAACUAACGACUUUGAGUUCCUUCAUCCUGUGUUAAAUAUCCGAUGUUCCCUGAUUAAACUGCUGAUGAGGAAAUGCCAGGACAAGGGACUCCAGGCCGGUCUGUCAGACCAUCUGCACACACUGGCACAGCUGGCUAGGGAUUCCGGCAGAUACCAGGUAUCCGAACGGUGCAUCUCUGAUCUGAAGGACAGUGUGGGCUCAGACAGUGAGAACAAGCUGCGUGUUGACCUGGAGGAAGCAGAGUUAUAUUGGGCCAGAGCAGAGCACAACAUUGCUAAACAUCUGAUGAAAACACUCAUUUCUAAUUUGGAAAAGCUUCAUGAUGAGAGCUUUGAAGCAGUUCGUUUGUUGCCAGUAGCCUUGGGAACCUACGGAAACUGGCUGGCAGAAACACGCUCGGAAAAUCCAAGUGUGAUCAUGGACAACUAUCUACAGAGGGCUGUGGAUUUAUUAGAGGUAAUAUCUGCCAGUGACGACUUGGCUCUAGAGGCGUACGUGUCUUUGGCUCAGUUUGUUGAUGCCCAGUAUCAGAACAUUGUUAACUACAUGAAGUCGAGCACGUAUGAAGCUAAAAGAGCACUCAUGAAGAAAGCCAAAAAGGAUGCCAAGAAAUACAAGACACUUGUUAACAACAAUGAUCGAUAUCUUCGAACACUGGAAAAACAGAGUAAAAUUGAUGAGCAGGAGGUUGUUACGAUGGAAGAAGAUCGCAACACUUUCCUGGAAAAGGCUGUCGGAAAUUACAUAAAGUGUUUGAAACUCGGUGACAAGCAUGAUCUACGUGUGUUCAGACUGACCUCCCUGUGGUUUGAAAAUGCUUCAUCAGAUGUUGUCAACCAGUUGUUAAAUGAAAGUGUUCCCUUCAUUAAGUCAUACAAAUUCCUUCCCCUGUUGUAUCAGCUAGCUGCUAGACUGAGCACCAAACAAAACAACUGUGUUCUUUUCCAACCCACUCUGGAAAAGAUUUUGGAGACAGCUGCGGUUGAUCAUCCACACCAUGGAGUUCCAGUCAUCAUGGGUUUGGCUCAUGCCAAUAAGGAUGCAGAACUUGAAGCACGAAGCAAAUCAGCCAAACGAGGAGGGAAGUUGUCUAGAAGUAACACUGAAACUGAGGGAGAAGAGGAUCGUGUUCAAGCUGCAAAGAACAUGAUUGAGAAGUUGAAGAGGACUGGAAAAGUGUCUGUAAUUGUGAGGAACUUGGAGAUUUUGUCGACAGCGUAUAUAGAGCUGGCCAACUGGAGUGUGGAACAGUUCAAGAAGGAGACAAAAGCCAUCAACUUGCCAGGCUCUCUAAUGCUAACACAACUAAAGAAUUUGGACAUUCUUGCAGUUCCAACGGUAGAAACCAAGGUUGACCCAUCAGGAAAGUAUGAUGAUAUAGUUUCCAUACAGCGAUUUGUAGGCACCUUCAAGUUGGCUGGUGGUAUCAACCUUCCAAAGAUUCUCACAAUCGUAGGCUCAGAUGGUAUUGAAAGAAGACAGCUAGUGAAGGGUCGUGAUGACUUGCGGCAGGAUGCGGUAAUGCAGCAGGUGUUUGGCAUGUUGAACAACCUCCUGAAGAAAAACCCAGAAACCAGGAAGCGCAGCCUCAGAGUAAGGACGUACAAGGUGAUUCCAUUGUCUCAGCGAAGUGGUUUGUUAGAGUGGUGUGAAGGGACGCAGCCUAUCGGAGAGUACCUCAUCGGCAGCUCUUCUGUUAAGGGAGCUCAUCAGAAAUAUUAUCCUCAAGACUGGCCGGCGCUCGACUGCAGGAAGCAUAUUACAGUUACUACUGGAAAUUGCGAUGUGAAGAAAAAGCUGAAGUUGUACCUGGAGGCCUGCAAGCACUUCCAUCCUGUAUUCAGACAGUUCUUUAUGGAAAAGUUUUCUGACCCAGCAACAUGGUUCGAAAGACGGCUGGCUUACACCCGCAGUGUGGCAACUAACUCCAUUGUUGGUUACAUCUUGGGUCUGGGCGACAGACACAUCAUGAACAUUCUAAUAGAUUGUAAUACAGCUGAACUGAUUCACAUAGACUUGGGCAUUGCCUUUGAGCAGGGUAGAAUACUGCCUACCCCAGAGACUGUGCCAUUUCGACUGACUCGAGACAUUGUUGAUGGAAUGGGUGUUACAGGGGUGGAAGGUGUUUUUAGAAGAUCGUGUGAGAAGACAAUGGAGGUGAUGCAUGUGAACCAGGAAGUGCUGCUGAUGAUCCUGCAGGUUCUGCUGUAUGACCCUCUAUACGUGUGGACGUUGUCACCACAGAAGGCGUAUGCUCUGCAAAACAAGCGAGACCGGACCGACCCCGACCAGUCGGAGCUGAACACGACCAGCACCAGUGUGACCGACAUCGAGCAGGAAUCAAGUGGGUCAGGAGAAGGACUUGAUGAAGUGAACAAGGUUGCUGAAAGAGUGUUACUUCGUCUUCAGCAGAAACUUCAAGGUGUUGAAGAUGGCAUCCAGCUUAGCAUUAUGGGCCAAGUGAAUUACAUCAUCCAAGAAGCACGGGACCCUAAAAAUUUGUGCAAGCUUUUUCCUGGAUGGCAACCAUACAUAUAACAGAUUUAUUAAGCACUGUAAAUUCACGCUCUGAAGAUUUUAACUUGCUCUCUGAUAACAAUAAAUUUUAUUUUUUUGACUAGUGAAAAUGCAAUAAGGAACUUUUGUGAUUCAUGCAGUCUCCUUAAAGUACUUGUGGAGACCAAAUUGUUGUCUGAACUGAGAAUUUUGUUCCUUUGAAACAAAACUAUGGUAGAACACGUCUGAGCUGUUAUAGGAUAUCAUUUACUCUUGGCUGACCAACAUCAGAGCUGCAUCAUUGGUGUAUCAAAAGCAGGUAUUUGUGGUGCUGUUAUAGGAUAUCAUUUACUCUUGGCUGACCAACAUCAGAGCUGCAUCAUUGGUGUAUCAAAAGCAGGUAUUUGUGGUGCUGUUAUAGGAUAUCAUUUACUCUUGGCUGACCAACAUCAGAGCUGCAUCAUUGGUGUAUCAAAAGCAGGUAUUUGUGGUGCUGUUAUAGGAUAUCAUUUACUCUUGGCUGACCAACAUCAGAGCUGCAUCAUUGGUGUAUCAAAAGCAGGUAUUUGUGGUGCUGUUAUAGGAUAUCAUUUACUCUUGGCUGACCAACAUCAGAGCUGCAUCAUUGGUGUAUCAAAAGCAGGUAUUUGUGGUGCUGUUUGUAGGAAUAUACACCUAAAGCCAAUAUACUGCUAAUCAGGACGAGUUUCUGUAAUGACAGCAAGUUUCUUCUCUUGACACCAAUGUGCUACAGUUGGCCAUGAUUGAUGCCUAGAUGACACUGAUUAAACAGUGCUGAUAUGGUGGGGUUUUAACAAAUUCAUUUCAAUCACUGUUUUAAAAUGAUCACUGCCCGAUUAGUUGUGCCAAAUUCUAAAAUGUAUGUAGUUUGUCAUUAUUAAAUUUUCACUUCAAGUAUGAUAUACUUUUUAUGCAAUGAAAACAUUUGUUUAAAAUCAUUUAACUAUUAUCAAUAGAAAAAGAAAUGGUGGAUGCAACACAGUCAUUGUGUUACAACUCCGAAUAUUUGAUGUGCUUAUACUUGACUCUCUUAUUAGCAUGGUUAGAGGUAUGAACCAGGGGUGUGAAUUCUCUCCGGAUCCGCGUUUCCUCGCAUUUUAAUCGUACUUUCCUCCAAAAUGUGUCAGAUGGCACAGAUUUUAACCUAGGAUUUCAAGAAUUUCUGGGACCCGUCUAGAUUUCCUCUUUUUUACAGUUCACCAAUUCCCACCCCUGAUGAACAUUUUUAUUUGUAUAUUGUGUAUAAUUUGGCAAAAAAAAAGAAAAUCUGUUAUCUUGAAAUUUAAUAAUGCACAAUAACAAACUGACGUCAGGUGCAGUUUUUUCUGGGGCAGUGUGAACAAGGUAGCCAUGUUUAUUAAUUUGUUUGCAGUGAACUCUUUGAUUAUUCGUUUUUGAAUGGAUGGACCACAAUGUAAACCAAAACGUAAAGAGACGAAUGAAGUAAAUCAUUGUGUAAUGAGUGAAUCGUCGGAGUGAUAAAGGAACAACGUGGUGUGCUCUCUAUGGAUGACAUUUGCUUCGUUGCUCGGGAAAUUAAAAACAUGAUCUUGCCUGAUUUUUGUGCAUUAAAUUAAUUUUGUAAUCCUCUAAAAUUAGAAAUUUCUAAUCUUUGAUCAGAAAAUGUAGCCUUAACCUCUGAAGACAAUCACUUGUUAAACAAGAUGGACAAUCUUGAAGAGUACACACAUGGAUAUAAUUUACAUGUCACUGCUGUUGAUGAACAUAGAUGUGUUACACAAGUUUGUUGAAAAUGUUUUCAAAGUUACAAAAAUGGGAGAUGGAGCACUCACAUCGACUUUUUUCUGUUUCAAAUGUGUGGUAUUUCAUGUCUCUGAUUUGGAAUCGUGAUACAUGUAUGUCUUGUGCCUGUGGUGCAAUUCACAUUAUACAUUAUCUGAAAUUAAGUAUUGUUCUAUGCUACUGAUCACUGCUGAACAACAAAGUUACGCACCUUUGUAUCUUUACAUACAUCAUGUCAGUAAGUUAUCUCAAAAUGUAUUUUUCAAUUUGGCACUGGCAACAGCCUACCUUACUGGAUUAGUAUUAUAGUACUUUGGUUAUUUGAUGUCGGCUGAUUUUUAUGUAUAUGGGUACCUGGUUAGGAUGAGGAUCUGCUCUCUCAAAAAAAGAUAUAACAAUUUUUAUUAUAUCUAUGCAUGCAUGUACUCUCAUUUCAGCUCCAAAUUGGGAGUUUGGUACAGAAUUGUUAUGUCGUUAGCAGGAGACGUCCAUGUGCAGUCUUGUUUCAUGUAAUGUUGUUUGACCUAGAAAUAUUCCGGUGCUUUUAUGUUACUGUUUGUUUAUAGUUCUAUCUGUAUGUUGUGAUGCAUUGGAGAGGUCUUAAUAUAGGCAUUACCUGCUGACCAAUCCAUAACCAUGGGAAAUUUGGUCAUAAAUAUUGUUUAAAUUCUUUUUAAUUACUAUUAUCCAGUUUUGAAAACCGAAACUUAUGUAUAGCUGCCACCAAAUGGAGUAUUUGUGUCAAAAUGGACUGUUUAUAUAGCUUAUUGCUGACUAUAGGUUAAAUUAUAUUAGAUGGUUUGAGUGAAUAGUAUGUUGACCUGUUAAGACAAGUGACCAUUUACUGUAAGGUCAGAUGAGCUGGCAGUUGGUGCUUUUCAUGUUUGUUUUUAACACAUUUUAUAAGAAACUGUUCUAACUUCAGUGCAGAUUGCUUAGCUUUUGUUGGGUGAUACACUCACUCUCACUGAAUGCAUUAUAUCUUGUUUAGCACAGCAUUGCAGCUUGUCAGUUAAUACCAACAAUUUGUUUAUUAUAUCACUGGCUAUUUGGUUAAAUCUACCCAAGUUGACCUAAAGUCAGAGUGCUCAGUAAGCUUUGAUUUCACUUACAUUGAUAUACAUGUAGAAUGUUAAUAUCAAAAUAAUUGGACAUCACAAUAAAAUGUAGCACUUGAUAACAUGUUUUAUUACAGUGUAUAAAUAAAACCAUUCUUAUCUU